UUUCACUUGAAAGCCCAAACCGAGCAAACCCUCUAGCUCGAAAGAUCGCGCGGCGCAGCAGCAUCCGCCUCCCCAUUCUCUUCUCCUCACUCCUCCCCCUCGCCGCCGCCUCCCCGUCGUCUCCUCCCCUGCCAGAUCGCCAUGGCAUUGCACGCCCCCGUCCUCGUGCUGAAGGACUCGUUGAAGAGGGAAUCCGGCGCGAAGGUUCAGCAUGGCAACAUCCAUGCCGCCAAGGCUGUGUCAGACAUCAUUCGUACAACGUUGGGUCCUAGGUCCAUGUUGAAGAUGCUUCUGGAUGCCAGUGGAGGUAUUGUGGUUACUAACGAUGGCAAUGCUAUAUUGCGGGAACUAGACAUUGCACAUCCUGCUGCUAAGUCUAUGAUUGAGCUAAGCCGCACACAGGAUGAAGAAGUGGGAGAUGGGACGACGUCUGUCAUUGUUCUAGCUGGUGAGAUGCUCCAUGUUGCAGAAACAUUUAUUGAAAAGAAUUACCAUCCCACUGUCAUUUGCCGAGCAUACAGCAGAGCCCUUGAGGAUGCCAUAGCUGUCCUUGACAAAAUUGCAAUGCCUGUUAAUGUUAAUGACCGUGAGGCGAUGCUGGGGCUGGUGAAGAGCUCCAUUGGUACAAAAUUCACUGGUCAGUUUGGUGACCUAAUUGCUGACCUUGCUAUAGAUGCUACUACAACAGCAGGUGUAGAUCUGGGUCAAGGAAUGCGUGAAGUUGAUAUCAAGAAAUAUAUCAAAGUAGAGAAGAUUCCUGGUGGCCAGUUGGAGGAUUCAAAGGUUCUUAAAGGGGUCAUGUUCAAUAAAGAUGUCGUGGCUCCUGGAAAAAUGAGAAGGAAGAUAGUAAAUCCACGCAUCAUCCUUUUGGAUUGCCCUGUUGAGUACAAAAAGGGAGAAAAUCAGACAAAUGCUGAGUUGAUGAGUGAAGAAGAUUGGAAGGUUUUGCUAGAUAUGGAGGAAGAAUACAUAAAGAACCUCUGUGUGCAAAUUUUGAAAUUCAAGCCUGACCUGGUGAUCACUGAGAAAGGACUCAGUGACAUGGCUAUGCAUUAUUUAAGCAAGGCUGGAGUUAGUGCAAUCCGUAGACUUAGGAAGACAGAUAACAACAGGAUUGCUAAAGCCUGUGGUGCAGUUAUAGUGAACAGGCCAGAGGAGCUUCAAGAAUCAGAUGUGGGGACACGAGCUGGACUCUUUGAGGUUAAGAAGAUCGGUGAUGAAUUCUUUUCCUUCAUUAUUGAAUGCAAAGAUCCUAAAGCAUGCACUGUUCUAUUGAGGGGAGCAAGCAAGGACAUCUUGAACGAGGUGGAGAGGAACCUUCAGGAUGCCAUGUCUGUUGCAAGGAACAUUUUGAAAAAUCCGAAACUUCUACCUGGAGGUGGUGCUUCUGAAUUGACUGUAUCGGCAACACUAAAGCAGAAGAGUUCUUCAGUUGAAGGUGUUGAAAAGUGGCCUUAUGAAGCUGCUGCUUUAGCAUUUGAAGCAAUCCCAAGAACUUUGCUUCAAAAUUGUGGUUUGAAUGUUAUUAGGACGAUGACACAGCUCCAGGGGAAGCAUGCGAACGGUGAAAAUCCUUGGGUUGGCGUUGAUGGAAGGACUGGUGAUAUUGUUGACAUGAAGGAGCGGAAGAUCUGGGAUUCUUACAGCGUGAAGGCACAGACGUUCAAGACAGCUAUUGAGUCAGCUUGCAUGCUUCUAAGGAUUGACGACAUUGUCAGUGGAAUCAAGAAGAAGCAGGCUCCUGGCGCAGGUGCUCCCAAGCAACCUCAGAUUGAAACUGGUGAAGAUGCAGACACUGAACAGAUGAUCCCAGAGUAGAGCUUUUUGUGCUGCUGGAGUGAGCCUGCACCGGUGAUGUUAUGUACCAAAGCUAGGAAAAGGCGCCCGCGGAGCAGAAUGUUUUAUUAACACGUGAAAUGGCGUUCGUUGGUUGCAUUUCUUGAAUGUUUGAUGGUGGCCAGGCCUCCAGGGUCGUCUAGUAUUAGUUUGGAUUGUAGCAUUUUCGUAUGUUCGGAUGAUGAGGCGCAUGUGGGGUUUCAGUUGUGUAUUUGUAUCGGCGUUUUGGGAUCUGACUAUUGCAUGGAUGGUUGCUGUUCGUUUUUGUUUUUGGACUUUGUAGUAGUGAACGGAUAUAGGAACUUGAAUUUAACAGCAAAACUAGCUAUGCCAUGAUGUCAGUUUUCUUUUAUAAUUAUAGCAAGACGAUGCGAGUUUCUUGA